AUGAGAGUCGCCCUGCUGUUGAUCGGCGCACUGGUGCGCCCGCUCGGGGGGCUAUGGCCUUUCGCAGUGGGUAGCGAAAACCAAACAUGCGACAAAGAAGGAGCAGGUUCGUGCCCUACAGAAGGGCACGAGCCUUUCAGUACCCGUGGAUCGGAACCGAGCCCGGGAGCAUCGUACUGGUGGUUCGACUGGUCCUGGGAAGGUUCCACCGAACCAAAAGCCAGCACGCCUCAAGCUGAAGAUGCCCAUUCCCGACGCUGGUACUUCCGGAUUUUGGCCGGAGUAUUGUGGGAGAUAUGGGAAGGGGGGCUGACCUGGUGCGGCACCCUGUGUGCCUCCAUUGGGCUCGCUGCAAGGUGGACCUAUUGGCUGGCCACCACCACCAUCCUGCUGGGUAUGCUACAACUUACCUGCUGGACCUAUGCGUGGGUCGUCAGGCCCAUCAUCGUCGUCAUUGGGGCGCUGCUCCAGUACGUGGCGGGCCGAGGAACCUGGGAAGCCGUGCUGAGAGGGCACGGCGAAAACCCAUACCACGUUAGAUGGACAGGACCCCAGGGUGAGCAUCCCUGGUCGGUCACCUACGUUCAAGAUCAAGUAAGAGGGAGAGGUGAACAACAGCUCCCGUACGAUCUUCUCGUAACCGACGGGGUAGCUGUUGCCCGCUUACGGCACGGAGCCGUACGGGGACGCACCAACCGUCAUGGGUUCCUUUGCAGGUGUGACAGUGUACACGGGGCGUCCCACCGCUACUGGAGAAGGUGUUUGGAGCGAGCGCAGUGUGUUGUACACCUGUGCUCGGUAGAACCAUGCACUUCGCCUGAAGCAGCAGAGCUGCAUAUCACGGCCAGUAGUGUGGUCCCCCAGUGCGUGGACGUCGACCUGAACGAACUGUCGGGCAGGGGACCCAUGUGUCGGGCUCUCAAUGCGUCCAAGUUCAUGGCCCUACAAGGAGUCACGGGACUUUGGGGGCACCGGGCGCGCAUGUGGGCGUUGGAUCGCCUCCUGGUGCUGUUGUGGCGGAGCGAAGCACUCGAGGAAGAAGGGCGCACUCCGCGCCACGAUUUGUCGGAGACCGAAUCGGAGGAAGAAGACAACCCAUGCCAGGCAGAUGCGAUUGCCUGGAAAGAGGGCACGCAGACGAAAAGGCUCAGCAAAGAGCGCUGCAAAGACGCCGCGUGCUCGUGGGUCAAGCUUCUCAACGAUGACGGCAUGCAAAGUAGUAGUGGCGAACUACAUUGGGAUGGGCUUCAAGCUAGCUGCCAGUUAUGCGCCCGCCACCAAGAGAGCUACGCCCUUUCGAAAACCCGAAGAGCUUGCUCGGUCGAGGGCUGUGGGAAGGUCGCCCAGACCGUAAAGGGAGGGGUCAAACUUUGCAGACUGCACGCCAGCAAGGAAGAACGAGGCCCAACCCCCAAGCCGGGAAACUUCGCUUCUCGGUCACGUGGUCCUCAAGAAGCCAGAAAGAGGUCGAGCAGCCGUGGCGCGGAGCGCGCCCGGCCGCAUUCACAAGAUGCCACACCCAAGCGCGGAACGCAAACGGAGGCAGCAGAACUCCGAGGGAUUUCCUCUCCCCCGCGUUUGGACGGGGCCACCUCAGUUGCCCCCUUUCCUGGAGUUGAUGCUUCGGUCGAGGAUCAGGUACUCACAGGGUUGACCUGGGAGGAGAUCGCGGGGAUACCGGAUGAAGAUCUUCGAAAAAGGGCUAUAUUUCUCAAGCAAAGGGGCGCGAUGGACAGGAGCACCUCCAGACCCGAGGCACCCGACGACAGCCAGGCCCUGUUCGCGUAUAUGGAAGCGAGGCUCCAGGGGAAGGGGCACGACUCAGCAGUCGAGGUGUCAGCGCAAAGACGUCUCCGGGAACUGGCACGGAGGCAUUGCUUGCGACUCACCAGUGAACUACCGGCCGAGGCCGGCAAAUUCAUUUGGGAAUUAGCCCAGCCGCAGGCCUCGACAGACGGGCAGCCAGGAGGAGGUUUCUACCCGUGGUCCGCUUCGGACCCGGGCCCUCCUUCUUACCACCCGAGCAGGACAAGUCCGUGGGCUGCUCCAGCCCCGGAUCGUCCGUGGGCUGCUCCAGCCCCGGAUCACCGACCAACGGCUCAGGCGUUAUUCAGGCCAAACCCCGGGGCAGGGGCAGGGGGAGCUGGGGGUAGAACCGAUGCGGUAGACGCGCUGGCCCAGGCCACCAGGGCUUUCCGGGCAGGAGCCUUCACGGAUGCAGAGGCACCCGCGGCAGACGAGACGACUAAAGCCCUCCAGGCGAUAGCCAAAAGCCUGACCUCGAAGGAAGACGCCCUCGCACAGGAGCGAGGUAAACUGGCAUCGAUUGGGCGCCUUGAGGAGAGGCUAGUUUUCCUGCUCCGGGGCUGCGACUCCCUGAGUGUCACUCUCUGCCCCGGCGUGGUAGGAAAGGAACUCUUUCAUGCACUUCGCAUCGCCGGGACGCAAGCGAGACCUCAGUUGCGGAAGAUCGAGUUCCCUUGCAACAUUCAAAACCGGCACAGCUAUGGAUUUGCGGCCCUGCAAUUGGGAGGGAAAACGCUCAACACUCUGCCGGAGUACUGCCUGUCGGCCGGAGAUUUUCCACUCACCUCGGAGGAAGAUUUCGACAACUACGGGGGCUCACCCGACCUCAAACUUGAACGUAAGGGCCGGUACCCUAACACGUUGACCUCAUGGUUCAGAGCCGCCCUCCGCCAGUCUUGGGCCUUCGCCUGUCUCUUUGGAGAAGAAUAUUACCCCGUGCUCGAAAAGACCGCUUCACAUCUGCUUCGCUUAGGGGAACAACAUGGCUACGCCUGGUCAGCGUCAGCAGUCUACGGUGCAUGGGAAGAACUCUGGGCCCGUUUCUGCGAAGAAGCACGGGAGUUGGAUCGCCGCAUCCGCAGAGCCAUGCAGGACGAGACUCCCACGUUCGCCAGACUAAAGUUCUUCGCCUUGUCCCCUGGCCCAGACGGGCAACCCUGGCUCCAACUGCCGGGUACCUUUCGCCUUGACGACGAUACCCAAUACUUCUGCACCGAUAUGUUGCCGCGAAUGCAGCGCCAACUCUCCCGCAGAAGAAGGGCCACACCGGAGGCUCGAACCGAGCCCGGCGUACCUCCACCCCCUAAGGGGGGUCGAGCUGGUGGCGAAGCGGCAGACAAAGCUGCACCACCGAAGCUUCUCGGUCCCAGCCUCACGCCCAAGGAAGCGGCCCGGUCCCUGGACCACCGGCCGAAAGACCAACAGGGCCAAUACCUCUGCAGGGAUUUCCUGACACAUCGCGGGGGGCACGAAGUCGACCGUGAGUUUACCCGGGUUCGGGCGGAGCAAGCUGCGAAAGCCGCCGCUGCUAAGCAGGAAGGUAUCGCUGCAGCCAAGGCCAAAGUUUCUGCCACCCAGAGGACCAAUCAAGCUGCGGGCACGGGCAACGCUGACCGCACCUCUCGGGCGGGAGAACGAGUCCCCGAACAGACAGGACAUGUGGUGGCAGAUUUGGACAAUGUCCUGCCCACCGACCGUGAGGAAACCCUUGGCGCACUUCUCAAAGACGAAGGCAGCAACUGGUGGCACGACGUGGACGCUGCCGCCGCUACUCUUACCUGCCCUAGUUCAAAGUUUGAGAAGUCAGCGCGAGCGGACACUAUGCGAGUCAUUGACGCCGCAGAGCCCGCACUGGGGCCUUAUCCCCCUGGAUUGGUGGGCGUCUACCUGCGUAAUCGCCUUCUACGCCUCCGCGAGGAAACGGGCCGUGCCCCUGAGCUUGAGGAUGUUACGCACCUGUUGGAGGAAGCCGUCUCCCUGGGUGGACCAGAGCUGUCUGAAGAGGCUGCCCACCUCCUUGAGGAACGCGGCGUCCACCGCAAGGCCGGCGAGUCCCCACUGGUGCAGCUUUCGGGUCUUACAUGGAAUUCCUCCAUCGGGGCCGGAACGCUCACCUGGAAGGGCGUCGGUCACUGGGCCAUGUACGACUACCAGGACCAGCUUCCCCUCUCCUCGGAGGCCUGCGAACGGAUGGGAUUUGCCGCCGUCCGCGACGAGCCUAAGCAGUGCUUGUUGCUGCACGUUGCCGCCGCUUAUCUCGCCACACCGGACCAGCCCCUCCCAACGCCCGAGGCGGUUUGGGCUCUCGCCGCUGAGUGGAGAGUCCGGUGGUGCUCGCAGGCACGAGUCGCCGAGGACUCUUUGGGGCCAACGCCCGAACGGCUCACUCAGGCCGAAGCGGACGUCCGAGUGUUCCACCACGACCUUCUCCAUUUCGGGCACGACCGCGACUACCGUACUUUGGUUGCCCACCCUUUGGAGGAGUGGGAUUGCCUGGGCUUGGCCGUCCUGCGCCUCGACGCAUAUAUGCGGCCUAGCGUGGAGAUUGUCUGUGGCAGCCGUUACAGCGGCCAAGCUGAGGACACCAGGUGGGUGCUGGUGCACCGUGGCCACAUGCGCUUGCUGGUUCCCGACGCGUCCUGCUUGCCGCCCUUGGGGAGCCGCGAGCUCGAGGCAGCUGGCUGGGAGGCGUACCUUGACAAAGCUGAGGGCUCUCCGCUUCUCGACGCGGGGCGUCUCCUGCAGUGCCAGGUCUGCCACCCCAAGCGGGCGCCCGGUUCGUUUCGGACGGGGCGUUUGGGUUACAGGUUUUGCGCGCAGGUCGCGGCCACCCUGUCGAGGCCCGUUCCGGGCCCGACCCGCACACCGCUGCUCCCGCCGUUCCGACCACGUCCGUCGACUGGCCGCUGCUCUCCUGUCUGCCCCCCGCAGGCCAGCCCCUCCCGCUGCUGGUGUUGGGGCCUUCCACGGCGCACGCCGCCUCCGAUUGUGCCUGGGGACCUUUGCCAGACCGCUGCCGCAGCCGCGGCUCUGACGUACAUUACUGAAGGAGGCGUCUCCUGCCUCUGGCUUCUCCCCGCCGCGCUGCCUCCGGGUCCGCCCGCCGACGAGUGGUCCUCCGUUUUGCGGCUGGCCGCCGCGCAGUUACAAACAGGUGGGCGUUGCGUGCUCGAGGCUCCCCUCUACCGGCGGGCUUGGACCGACAAGGCCACUCGGAUCCAACUGGCCGGCGCGUGUUGGCACGCCGAACGCCUGCCCAGCCCCCUGUUGGGCCCGGCCGGAGGGGUUACCAUGUUGCGCGCGUCUUUCUGCGUGCCCCCUGGGCUCGCCGCGCUUUGUAGUACCGGGGGGGGGGAGGAGGAUUUUGCUUCCAAAAUGCAAAGGCUGAAGAUUGUUCUUGAUAACCCUGCGGGGGAGGCUGAGCGAAAAAGCCAAGAGGCCGACCUCUCCGAGGGAACAGGUGACUCCGUCAGGUGCGGAAAGCUGUUCGCUGAUUCUGGCCCGCUCUUGGGGCCUCCGCCGUCUUGGCUGCCCAAGAGCCUCUCCAAAGAAGCUGAGGAGGCGACUGAGGCCUACCUGCGGAAGGUGCACCAGGUCGAGUACUCUUUAGAGGCUUGGAAUGGUGCCGUGCAGGCUGGCACGACCCUCCUCAGGCUUUGUGGAGGAUGGAAGGAGACGGUGGGAGCGCUGCGCUACGCGUGGAGGGCUCGGGGAGAAGAUCACUUCGCAGGGCUUUUCGAUCACCACCUCGAUAGUCACCUUCCGGAGGAUCUCCUUGCGUGGGUUAGAAGAGUUGCCCAGGAAGGGGUAAAGGCCGAGUACCGUGGCACGCAGCGUGCCCGGGUUAAGGCCACCCCGCAUCCCUCUCUCAAGGAUCAUGUGGAAGAAGCUCGGCAGCUAAUCUGGCAGGACGCCACGCGAGGACGAGUGCUCUUGAUGAGCCCCGGCCCCGAUGAAGAGGACCUGUUAGAGGGGGUGGUAUCUGUACCAUUGGCAAGAGUGCCGAAGUACAACCCAGACAGGUCAGUCUCCUCCAAAGGGAGAGUAAUAUGGGACGCCAGAGUCGUUAAUGAGCUUUGCCAUAAGGACGACCAUUUUCCAGCCAUCCAACCCAGAUACGCUGAGGUAGUAAGGCUGGUGAUGUGGUACAAGAGCAGGUACCCCGGCGUCCGCGUCUUAUUGGCAAAGAAAGACGUCUCAGAAGCCUUUAAGUGGCUUUGGGUCGAGCAGGACGACUGCAGGCUUUUCGGAGCGGAUCUCCCCACUGAAGGGGCUACCCGGGACAGCCGUGGCGACGCUUCGCGCCCGGUUACGGUCUUGUACCUCGCAAUGACGUUUGGAUGGACUGGGGCCCCAGGAGAGUUCAUGGCUUUCGCAUGGGCGAUCAAGUUGCUACACAGGGCAUGCGGGCCCGACCGGCCCGAGUGGCACGACUCGUCCUCCUUCCGGUCGCUCGCUUUAAUGGACGACUCGGUUGUGAUCGAGCCCGACUUGGGCCUACGCCCUCAGCUGUCGGUCGACGCUUUGGAAGAAGCGAUCCGACAGACUUUGGGGCCACUCGCCAUCAAUGCGGCCAAAGACGUCGAGGAGGGUACUCUCACCACGAGAAAAUUGAUUUGGGGCCUAGAGUUCGAUACAGAGGCCGGAACCUGUCGGCUCCCACCCCUCAAGGUCGAGCGAGCCUACCACGUCCUCCAGUCCCCGUACUUCGACGCCGGCCAGACCAAGGUACCGCUCAAAGAAGUCCAGGUGUUGCGGGGCUCUCAACAGUUCUGGCUCGGGGUCCUCCCGCAACUCGCCCCUUACCUCCAGAGCACUAAUGCGCUUUUGGGACCCGCCGACCGAGAAGGCCACGUCGUCCUACGCGGGAAUGAGGCGGAACAGUCCGCACAGUGGGAAGCAUUCUGGAGCGCCAUCGAGCUGCAAAGGCUGCUGGUCGGUUCGCGGCAAUUUUGGGAGGCGCGCUUCGUCUCACAGCUCGAGCACGCCCUCACCACGCCUGAACUCGUGGCCCUACCAGAGGUCAAGCGCAACCUGGUCUGGGUGUCAGCUGACGCCACGCCCACCCGGCUGGGAGCGAUCGACUGGACCGCAAGGGUCGCAGUAGCUUGCGCCGCAGCUCCUCUCUUAUCGCCCCUUGAAGCCAACGCCCAGGAUCCCACCGACCUCGAGGCUCGUACCGAGCCCGAGGAGGACUUGGUGCAGAUAGGCGUCGCGGAAUUGCUGGCCUUGCUCGUGUUAGUAGUCGCCAGAAAGGAAGCCUGGGCAGGCAGCGUGGUUCUGUACUUGGGAGACAACACCAAUGUGCAAGAUUGGUUGCGCAAGCGGCAAGCCGGGAAUGCGCAAGCCAACCACCUCCUGAAAGUCUUGGGAGCGCUAGAGGGGGUCUAUGGCCUACAGGUGAGGGGGGCAUACCUUCGCACUUAUCACAAAACCAAACCGCCGACGACCUGA